AUGAAUGCUUACGUGCUGCAGGAAUAUGCCGUGAAGGUGAUUUCAAAACGGCAAGUGAAGCAGAAGACGGACAAAGAGCUGCUGCUCAAGGAGGUGGAGCUCCUUAAGAAGCUGGACCACCCCAACAUCAUGAAGCUCUACGAGUUCUUCGAGGACAAGGGCUACUUCUACUUAGUCACAGAAGUCUAUACCGGCGGAGAGCUCUUCGACGAGAUCAUCAGCAGAAAGAGGUUCAGCGAGGUUGACGCUGCCCGCAUCAUUCGACAAGUGCUUUCGGGCAUUACGUAUAUGCACAAGAACAAAAUCGUUCACAGAGACCUCAAGCCUGAAAAUCUGCUGCUGGAAAACAAAAGAAAAGAUGCUAACAUUCGCAUCAUUGACUUCGGCCUUUCCACUCACUUUGAGUCCACCAAGAAAAUGAAGGACAAGAUCGGAACGGCCUAUUACAUUGCCCCAGAGGUCUUGCAUGGGACCUACGACGAGAAGUGCGACGUGUGGUCCACAGGGGUCAUUUUGUAUAUCCUUCUUUCUGGAUGCCCCCCAUUUAACGGGGCAAACGAAUUUGACAUUUUGAAGAAAGUCGAAAAAGGAAAGUUCACCUUCGAUCUGCCGCAAUGGAAGAAGGUGAGCGAGCCAGCCAAAGACUUGAUUCGUAAGAUGCUGGCGUACGUGCCCACAAUGCGGAUAUCUGCACGAGACGCCCUCGAGCACGAGUGGCUCAAGACUACAGACGCAGCCACUGACAGUAUUGAUGUGCCUUCGCUUGAGAGCACCAUACUUAACAUCAGACAGUUCCAGGGGACGCAAAAGCUUGCCGCGGCUGCGCUGCUCUAUAUGGGCAGCAAGCUGACCACCAACGAAGAGACAGUUGAGCUCAACAAGAUUUUCCAAAGGAUGGACAAAAACGGAGAUGGCCAGCUUGAUAAGCAGGAGCUCAUGGAAGGCUACGUGGAGCUGAUGAAGCUGAAAGGCGAAGACGUUUCGGCGCUGGACCAGAGCGCCAUCGAGUUCGAGGUGGAGCAGGUGCUCGACGCUGUGGACUUUGACAAGAACGGCUUCAUAGAGUACUCAGAGUUCGUCACAGUGGCAAUGGACCGCAAGACACUCUUGUCUCGCCAGCGACUGGAAAGAGCCUUUGGAAUGUUCGACGCUGACGGCUCGGGCAAGAUUUCCUCUUCAGAGUUGGCCACCAUAUUCGGGGUGAGCGAGGUCGACUCCGAAACCUGGCGCCGCGUCCUCGCGGAGGUGGACAGAAACAACGACGGGGAAGUGGACUUUGAGGAGUUCCGGCAGAUGCUCCUGAAGUUGUGCGGAGAUACCGCGGCGUAG